AUGAUAUUUUCCACUCAAGCGGAGGACUUGCCCGAGCACAGCGGAACAAUAUUCUGGUCUGUUGUACAACGAAUCUCAGGAAACAAAUCUCGUACCUUGUUAAGAUUCUUCAGAAGUUGGAAUUGUAUUUCUACUUUGAAGAUAUGGUUAUCAAAUUUGGUGGGAACGAGUAUUUUGAACCCGAUUAAAGCUCCGGUCGAAAAGCCUUUUCCAGCGAAAAACCGUACUGUGUGUGCAAAGAGCGUGUGUCUUUGCUGUGACUGGAUCCAAGAUCACUACGGCACCUUGAGUGGAAAAUAUCAUUCUCUGUUGGACGAGAUGGGUGGAAAUAUCACAGAGCAGGAGGUUCCUGUCGAUUUCCCAGAAUCCCUUUACAGACUCAUGGAAGAUGCUCAGUAUGAGGUCCAAGUCAGAUUCCUGAAUGAGACUAUUCAUGAAAUCUUCAAACUGUUUGAUGAGAAUAUGGACGCUGUCACCUGGGAAGAGAAGAAGCUGGAUGAUUUUCUCAUCCUUCUCCAUCGUCAGUUUCAAAACCUCAAGUCUUGUGUAUCACCUGCCACAAAGUUUAAGAGACUGGAACGCUUCUUCAAGACGUUGAAUAAGAAGGUUCUGGUAGAAAUGAACUACAGUGCACAAGCAUGGGAGCUCAUCAGGAAAGAGACAAAAUAUGUUCUAGAAAAAUUGGACCUCCUUGUGGCAACGAUGCACUGAUCAUCCGGACUCAUUGUAGAAGGCUUUAUACA